AACAUGAUCAAUGCACAGAGGCCGCAGUGUGUCUCUGACAGAAAAGGAAGUGGCUCUAAAGUGACUCAACUGCACAGUGUUUCAGAGAGAUAGUGACUGGGCAGUCCUACCUUAAGAAUUAUACACCCAGACUGAAUAAAACGUUCAAAACCAACGAUUUUCAUACCAGUAGGACGUAAAAACUGUAUGUAAACUGAACCGUCAUUUCAGACAAUAACAGAUGAACGGACUUGUACCAACUGGAAGAAUGAGAUUCAUUGCAGUUGCUGUCAUACUUUGUGCUGGAUAUAUCUGUCCAACAGCCUUUGCCCAUCCUCGGGGAGAAUGGACAAAACUCAUCCUGACCCAACACUGGCCACAGACAUUUUGCAGUGUGAACAAAUGUACAACCAAUUUAAGCUAUUGGACCCUGCAUGGAUUAUGGCCCAACACUGGCAUGAGGUGCAAUACAUCUUGGCAUUUUAAUGCCAGUUUGAUUGAGGACUUAAUACCAGAGAUGAAAGAAUACUGGCCAGAUCUGCUAGCACCUUCUUCCCCUGAAUUUUGGAAAUAUGAAUGGACAAAACAUGGAACCUGUGCUGCUAAAGCAGAAUCUCUGAACAGUGAACAUAAAUACUUCAGCAAAGCUCUUGAGCUGUACCGCAAGUAUGACCUUAAUAGUGUCUUAAAGAACAACCAAAUCGUGCCCUCUGAGGAAAACUACACACUGGAUCAGGUGGAGACAGCCAUUACCAGCUACUAUGGAGUGAAGCCAAAGAUUCAGUGCAUCCAUCCGGCAAAGGGAGGCAAGGUUCAGACUUUGGGCCAAAUAGAGAUCUGCGUUGACAGGGAUUUCCAGCUGAUCGAUUGCGAAAAGUCAACCGAAAAAAUCUGGAGCAAUGACAUCCCCGCUGUGCUUGUCAGUGGCCAGUCAGAUCUCAGCGUGUGUGAUCACUCCAUGCCGGUCUAUUACCCUCCAGUGCCCAGCAGAUCAUAGAGGUGGGCAACCUCAGACCUCGUGUGGGAAUGUGAAAUCACUGAGCAAGAGAAGACGAGAAUUCAUUCUGUCUAGUAUUUGAAAUGCUGGAAACAGUUGGAAAUCUUUGCUUAUUACACUGUCGUUUUAAUAAUAAUUGCACAUUAAAUUUCUUUAAUGUUUUAGAUGAUGAUGCUGGAACAAUCUAGUGAAGAUUUAGGGGGAAUCACAGACUGCUGGGGUCGCUUGUUAUUGGUUUUGUAGGUUUUACAGUAUAUUUUGCUGAGCAUCCAACAUUACCUCUGUGCAUUUAGACAUUUUACUUUUUUCCAGUUCACAUUAUUUGAAAUGAUUCUCUUAAUUCAGUGACUUUUUAAAAUCAGUGUAAAUUACAGGCAACGCAACGAAUACUACCGUGAUGUGUAAAUUCUUGACGAUGCACAUAAUCCACCACUAACAGAUCUGCUCAAUUUCGAUUAAAUUAAUAGCAUAACGCAAAUAUUUCAGUGAUCCUAAAAGUAAGCUAAAUCUGCUCUGUUUUCUUAAGCAAAAUAUAAGUCUUUAUUUCUUUCUUUGAUUUUGAUGUGAAAUAUGACCUGGGCGUGUUUUGUUUUACAGACCUAGUUUAGCUGUAAUGUUCUGCCUUCAGUAUAUUUAAUGUGAUACAUUUGAUAUUAUGAUUUGCAUUGAAAGAGGCCAUUCAUCCCUUAAUUUGCUGUGUUAAUGUGUAAAAUUUGUGGUUGGUUUGGAGCUUUGGGCCUAGUUGCAGAAUUUGCACAUUAUGCACAUUUAAGCUUCUGCCGCUGGAGGGCAGCACAUGCAUUCUGCCAAAAAAAAAUAAAAAUAGGCACCUUGCAAGUUGUUUACAGAUAUGAUGUUCACAUGUACUGUACCUUUUAUCAGUGGAUGACGGCUGUGAACUAUAGAGAGAAAACUUACCAUUUGCACAAAAUCAGGUGUCUUUUUAACUUUUUAUUUACAACACUGCUAUUAGAUGAAUGUUAUAUCAGAUAUGUGCAACUCCGCUUGUAAAAGACAUGCCUGAUCUUUUUUUUUUUUUUUUUUUUUUUUAUACUGGGGAGGCAUUUAUACUGCUGGUGAAAUACUUUUUUAGUCCAAAGGUUUGUUACUUGUACAGUAUGUGAAAAAUGCCUUAUAUCAUUCACAUAAACAUCAGUCAUUGAAACAUUUUUUGUAAUGCAAUGUCAGUUGAAUAAAAGAAAAUCACAUAUUCCUGA